AGAAGGGGGACACAUGGAGGAAGAAACAUCGUGAGCUGUGUCGCGGACAGUAAUUAGGAAAAAUGCGUAUUGAAAAGUGUUAUUUUUGUUCAGGGCCCGUUUACCCGGGUCAUGGAAUGAUGUUCGUUCGCAACGACUGCAAGGUGUUUCGAUUUUGUAAAUCAAAAUGUCACAAAGGCUUCAAGAAGAAGCGCAAUCCAAGAAAGACCAGGUGGACCAAAGCGUUCAGGAAAGCGUCUGGUAAAGAGUUGACAGUGGAUAACGCACUGGAGUUCGAGAAGCGCCGGAAUAUGCCUGUGAAGUACAAGAGAGAGCUCUGGAGCAAGACGGUGGAAGCAAUGAAGAAGGUGGAAGACAUCAAACGCAAACGACAGGCUCGCUUUAUCAUAAACAGACUAAAGAAAGGAAAAGAACUGGAGAAAGAGGAGGAUAUCAAGGAAGUCAAGAAAAACAUCCACCUCAUCAAAGCACCACAUGCAGGAAAAGCCAAGGCGAUGGAAGAGAAGAUGGUUCAGAAGUUGCAAGAAGACGUGGACAUGGGUGAUGACUGAGGAGGAGAUGUUGUGGUGCUGGGAUGCGCCAGGCGUUACAGGCUGUACAUAUAGCCCUUUGCGUUGCCCACGGAGACUGGAGACUGUGUUUGCGAGCGAUAUUGUGUACGCUACAUACCAUGCUAUGUACAGCCUCAGCAUUCUCUCAUGCUUGAGAAUGGGACAAGACAUUAUCUUGGAAGGACAGAAUGGUUUUGUGCUCUAAUUAUUCAGAGAUUAAUUUUCUCCAGAAACCUUUCCGUUGGGUUAAUGAGCUAUACUAUUUUGUGUCCUUUUGUUUGGUGUUCAUCAUUUAUCAAUAGUACAUCCUCUGCUUUAAAAGAAAGUGCUAUGUUCUUUUACAAAUAAACAUUAUGGCUGUG